GCACUGACAGCCCAUGGCGCCGCCCGCCGCUCGCCUCGCCCUGCUCUCCGCCGCGGCGCUCACGCUAGCGGCCCGGCCCGCGCCCAGCCCCGGCCCCGGCCCCGGCCCCGAGUGUUUCACAGCCAAUGGUGCGGAUUAUAGGGGAACACAGAACUGGACGGCACUGCAAGGCGGGAAGCCAUGUCUGUUUUGGAACGAGACUUUUCAGCAUCCGUACAAUACUCUGAAAUACCCCAACGGGGAGGGGGGCCUGGGUGAGCACAACUAUUGCAGAAACCCAGAUGGAGACGUGAGCCCCUGGUGCUAUGUGGCGGAGCAUGAGGAUGGUGUCUACUGGAAGUACUGUGAGAUACCUGCUUGCCAGAUGCCCGGAAACCUUGGCUGCUACAAGGAUCAUGGAAACCCACCUCCUCUAACUGGCACCAGUAAAACUUCCAACAAACUCACCAUACAAACUUGCAUCAGUUUUUGUCGGAGUCAGAGGUUCAAGUUUGCUGGGAUGGAGUCAGGCUAUGCUUGCUUCUGUGGAAACAAUCCUGAUUACUGGAAGUACGGGGAGGCAGCCAGCACCGAAUGCAACAGCGUCUGCUUCGGGGAUCAUACCCAACCAUGUGGUGGCGACGGGAGGAUCAUCCUCUUUGAUACUCUCGUCGGUGCCUGCGGUGGGAACUACUCAGCCAUGUCUUCUGUGGUCUAUUCCCCUGACUUCCCCGACACCUAUGCUACAGGGAGGGUCUGCUACUGGACCAUCCGGGUUCCGGGAGCCUCCCGCAUCCACUUCAGCUUCCCCCUAUUUGACAUCAGGGACUCGGCGGACAUGGUGGAGCUUCUGGACGGCUACACACACCGUGUCCUAGCCCGCUUCCACGGGAGGAGCCGCCCACCUCUGUCCCUCAAUGUCUCUCUGGACUUCGUCAUCUUGUAUUUCUUCUCUGAUCGCAUCAAUCAGGCCCAGGGAUUUGCUGUUUUAUACGAAGCUGUCAAGGAAGAACUGCCACAGGAGAGGCCCGCUGUCAACCAGACGGUGGCCGAGGUGAUCACAGAGCAGGCCAACCUCAGCAUCAGCGCUGCCCGGUCCUCCAAAGUCCUCUAUGUCAUCACCACCAGCCCCAGCCACCCACCUCAGACUGUCCCAGGUAGCAAUUCCUGGGCGCCACCCAUAGGGGCUGGAAGCCACAGAGUUGAAGGAUGGACAGUAUAUGGUCUGGCAACUCUCCUCAUCCUCACAGUCACAGCCAUUGUAGCAAAGAUACUUCUGCACGUCACAUUCAAAUCCCAUCGUGUUCCUGCUUCAGGGGACCUUAGGGAUUGUCAUCAACCAGGGACUUCGGGGGAAAUCUGGAGCAUUUUUUACAAGCCUUCCACUUCGAUUUCCAUCUUUAAGAAGAAACUCAAGGGUCAGAGUCAACAAGAUGACCGCAAUCCCCUUGUGAGUGACUAAAAACCCCACUGUGCCUAGGAGUCGAGGUCCCUCCUUGAGCUCAAGGCUGCUGGGGACAACCUCUCCUGUGGUUCUUCUCUGACAGACUCUUCCCCGCCUCUCCCUCUGCCUUGGCCUCUUUGGAGGGCACUCUCCUACAGACCAGGAAGAGGUGCCCUGCUGCCAGGGAAGGCAGAGCCUGGAUUCCUCCUGCUUCAUCGGUUGCACUUAGGAGAGAGACUCAAGGCCCUGGGGCUCGGCCCUCUCUGCAUCUCUCUCUCUGAUCUAGCUAGCAAUGGGGGUGUCAGGACAGUGAGGCUGAGGUGACAGAGGUGGUCAUGGCUGGCACUGGGCUCAGGUACAUUCUAGAUGGCUGUCAGGUGGUGGAUAGGUUUAGUUACAUUGAAUUUUUCUUGCUUCUUCUCUAUUUUGUCCACAUACAAAUCAGUUUCUCCUGGUCUUUAUGGUCUGGAACAGGGCCAGACAGGGAGAACUCUCAGGUACUCUUGGGAGUUGGUCUGGUCCCAUGCAAGUGUGGACUCCUUGACAUUAGCAAAGUGUAAAGAGGGUGGUGUCUCCGCUGCAUCGGCAGCUUUGCUCUCCAGAUGCUGGACUAGGAGGGCCUCCUCCAGCCUAGGAGGGUCUGAGAAUAAGAUCUAGUGACCCCCAUUUAUAUCAAACAUGAUGCCUUUCACAUAUGGGCUUCUUCCUAGAUUCUUCUUUCCAUAGCUCAUGGAGCUGCAGAGAAAGCUUGAAGAGCUUUGGUCGUAUAAAACAUCCACUCAUUUACUCAUACAACCAAUUCUCCUGCAGGCUUUUAUGGGCACUCAGUAAGUUUUCAGGAUUGGGUUGACUGGCCUUGCCCCUGAGCAGCUCGUAGUCCUUUGGAAUCUGAGCCAGGCCUUGGUCUCUCCAUGAUUGGCUCAGCCAACUCUCAGUUCAGAACAGAAAGUAUCAAUCUUGUGGUUUUGCCUUUAGGCAAUACAAUAUGAGACAUGGGCCCUGCGGUCCUUCCUUCUGGUGUCCCCCAUGUUAAAAGAUGAAAAACACCCCCAGGGCCAUCUGUGCUCUCUGCCCCUUCUAUGGGGACCGAGUGGGGUUUGGAAUGGCUCAGAAAGGAGAGCGCUCUUGUCCCCAGCCCCAUGCCACCCUGUCCCUUAGAUAGGGAGGUGAACUGCAGAGAUUGGUGCUAGGAAAGUGUGGGUUUGGGAAUUGGAGAUCCUCCAAGGAUCAGCCGUGAGAUUGAGAGCUACAGCUGUAGUGGCUGCCAGUUGGGAGAGUAAGUGCCAUCGUUAAUUUAAAAGUCCUCGCCAUCCGGAAGCAGGCUUUGUCAACAGCAGCUGAGGAAAGCAGCCGGUGCCUCUGCUGGCCAGGCCCAGGCCCUCAUUAGAACAUGCGUCUCCCCAGCGCACUCAGGCCUCAAUGCUUGCUGCGCCCCUGGCCUUGGCGUUUCCUCUUUGCAGCACUUUGCCUGCCUCCCCCAAGCCCUGAGCCACUGCCUGCUGGGGCUCCUACUGAGGGUCUGGCAAGACAUCUGCACCUGCCACUCCUGGGAGGACAGAGGGCCAUAGGGAGAGUGUCCAUAGGGAGAGGUGACACUCGCCAGCCUGAGUUCAGGAGAGAUGCUCAGAGCUUCAGGUGGAGAGGCCUUCAGAGGAAGGAAACCGGGCAGUGUGUCACAGGCAGGCAGGGGCAGGACUGCCGCCCCAGGCCCCACGGGAGUCCUGCUGAGGGCACAGAGCUGCCCAGUGCAACCUUCAUGCUUUGAUCUGGAAAAGCAGCUGUCCGCAGGCCUCUGUCUCUAAGAGGCCUGUCUCACAGGAGGGCCUCUGGAAACAUACCCACAUGUGCAGUCUCCCCGCCAAGCUAUUCGUGCUGUUUGUGGAAUCUCAUCUCAAACACAAGUGUCAGGUGUGUGUCAUCCCAGCAGGUCCUGUGCUGUGAAUAGAUCCAUGUGCAGCACAAAGGGAAUGUGGCAUGUGGCCCCAGGAAGAGGUCACCUGGCCAGGGGGCAGUUGUUCAGUUGCCUAGGGCUGACACCACUGGCCUUUGGGGUUUCCUGCAGCCUGCCUGCCUACCUUGCCCUCCUCACAUCUCAGUCAGGGGAGGCCCUGCCCAAGCCAGUGUGCUAUCAGAGCCUGCAGCGGGGCGGCACUUCCUCAGAGGGGCUGGGAGGUGCUGGGGAUGCCCCAGCACUUCUCUUCCUGCCUGGCCCUGCCAUGGCCCAGUGCCUGUAGGAUCAACUUACCAUCCGUGGAGCAGCCCCGGGAAACCUAAACCUGCCUCAGGACAGGGGGGGAAUGGGGGCUACAAAUCAUCCCAGGCUAAAUCUCCAUGGGCACUGGGUCCUGCCGCAGUCUGGCCAUGGCCUCAGUUAGAACCAGUUAGAAAGUCAUCAACACCCCGCAGAAGGCCACUGCGGCUAAGUAAGCACCUGAGAAAGAAACUAUACCAGAAGAGAUGAUGUGGGCUUCCAGGAGCACGGAGAAGGUGGCACUUGAACUUUUAGGAAACUCCCUAGAUGAGAUAAAGUAGCGGUUGAAGGUGGCGGGAAGAGGGUAACCCUGGGAAAGUAAAUGUCAGAACACAUGGCAGAAACCUGUGGGAGAGGCAGGGGAAGGGCUUUGGGGACCACUGUAGAUGGAGCUCUGAAAGCACCCUGCCCAAAGCCUCUCCUGAGGUGACAGAGCAUGGGAGGAGGCUGCAGGGGCACUGGGCCUGCAUGCCAUCCUCACCCCUGUUCCCCACUGGCGCCAGGCCCUGGCUUCUUGGCACGUGUGCCCUCACCGGCCAAUCUUGUCACUCCCCAUGGUUACUGUGUCUCAGCCGGCUGUGGCCCCUAGUUUGUAGCAGCAUUUCUCAGUGUUCUUGGCCCUUCUGAGAAGGCAGGCAGGAGGCACACAGUGCCCUCUUCCUCCCCAUUUGUGCAGUCGCUUGCAAAGCAGAGAAUGAGUAGGAAUGAACCCAAGUGCCUUCACCCACCCUGUCCCCCACAUCAGGAAAGGCUUGAGGCCUCUCUGGGUGUGAGCGAGGAAACCAGGCUGCUCUAACUUCAGAAGAGUGGGCUCUAGCUCAAGACUCCAAUCGGCCAGAAGCCCAGAGAUCAAAGCACUUGUAAGUUCAGCUGUCCUGGCCCUCGGGCAGAACCCACGGGUGUGCCUGGGUGUGGCUCCACCCACAUGCCCCACUGUCAGCCCAGGCAGGAGCCCUCCUCCAGGCCAUCACCCAGCCCCAAUGCAUCCCAGCAUUGCACACUUACUCUUCACAAGCACUUAUAUGCCGAUGGCCUCUGAGACCCUGCCUCACGGGUCUGCUGAGACCAGGCCAGGUCUGCAACGGAGCCAGGCAGCUCCCCACCCCACCACCCAGUCACCUGGCACCAUUAGGUUUCAGAUCUCCCGUGUGGUGUUUGAUGUCGGCUUUUGUUCCUACCUUGGGAGUUUGGAUUGUUUCCUCUGGUGUCUUUGUUUACCUUCCUCACUGUUCUACCUCCUGGCCAGGUCUCAGCUUAGCUUCCCUGGUAUGGGGUGUUUUUCAAGCCUUCCAACCACAGCUAUCUCCCUCAGGCUGGAUGGCUCAGGGGUGACAGGACUUCACCCUCUGCCUGCAGACCCCUGGUAGGCACAUCUCACAGGCUUUCGUCUUGCUGAGCUGGAUAUGGAGGCAGAAGUGGGGCGUGGAGGACAGUCAGAGGGAAAUCUGUUUCAGAAAGGAAGGGUCUUUAGACACACAGACUGGGGGGCCCUUCCCCACCUGUGGGGAGCUGCCAUCCGUGGGGCUCAUGCACGUCAAGACCUUCCCACAUCCAAACUCACCUUCCAGCAGGGAUUUUGACUUUGGAUGACAAGGCUUUAUUUGUAAAUAUGCUCUUAAUAUGCAACUUUGAGAAUAAAAUAGAAACAUCAUGUAUUUUAAAAUAUAAGAUGAAGUGUGACGCACUGUAUACAAUUUAAUAUAUAUUUUUAGGAUUUUGUUAUUUAAGAAAGUGGAAUGUAAUGGUACUUUUACAAAAGAGAAAAAAAUGUUAUUUUUACUGUCUGGAAAAAAAAUAAAUAUUCUCAUUGUUGUAGAAACA